AUGCCUGAAUCUCAAGACAGACUUGAUCUCCUAUUCAAAAGCGACGUCCGGCCGUGGGAAUACGGCAGUGCGCGCCAAACCUACCAACCUGUGCUGGCGCCUCCGCUGUCCCCCUCCUCACACUCAAGCCAUCAUCCGGCAGCAAGAACCCAUCCAACCUCUUCUGCCUCUUCUGUCAGUAGGAGAUCCUCUGCCUCCACCACCGCGUCGUCCGUCUUCUCGAACACUGACGCCGAGAGUGCUUCCUCGCGGUCAAGCGCUCCCGAGAAUCCGAUUCCUUGGGAUCUGAAUCGUCAACUUACGAUGGGCGACUAUAAUAGCGGCUAUGACCUGCCCUGCGAGUUUUCCUUCUUGGGCUGCCAAGUGCAAUUUAGACCUGAACUCCACCAGGAAUGGAUAGCCCACGGCGCUUCCCAUUUCACACAAUACGCCCCACCUCCGAGACUCGUUUGUACCUUCUGCGAUGCAGAAUUUGACGUCUCUAGGAAUAAUGGCGAUCGCACAGCGAAUUAUAGAAGGCGAAUGAACCAUAUUGGAGAACAUUUUCGGAAUAAUCGAACUUUGGAUGUAAAUCUCCCACCAGCGAGCCACCGACGACCAGACUAUCAUGUUCUGGAUUAUAUGCGACAUAAGGGCCUUAUUGAUGAGAGGGAUUACAAAGAUCUAAUCCGCUAUUCCGAAAGACCACACUGUGAGAAUCUUCGGCCUCUCGGGCAUGUGUCACCAGAAAUGCAAGCAAGAAAAUCGAGAGAUAAUAGGAGACCCCACGACCUGGCUCGGGAAGAGCGACAGAGGAGAAAGGAAAGAGAUGGGAAAGGAAAGAGCACUCACCACCACCGGAGCAUCUAUUAG